AUGGGUUCUGAAAACACAGCAAUUUCUAACGAUGUAGAAGAUACAACUACUUUUCCUACACUAGAAACAUUGAAGCACGUUUCUAAUUCAGAAAAUAUCAAUAUACAAUCCACCACACCUUUGUCGCUGACUUUAAAUAGCACAUCGACUCGUGAUCUUUUUAGUGAUACUGAAAGUGUUACAAGCACUACUUCGACAUCUUCUUCUAGAUUGAAAAAAUAUUUUUGUGACUAUGAUGGUUGUGAUAAAAGCUUUACAAGACCUUCGUUGUUAACUCAUCAUCAACAGACUGCACAUCAGGGAUUGCGUCCCUUUCCCUGCAAUCAAUGUGAUAAAAAUUUUACAAGAAAAUCCCAUUUGGAGAGACAUCUUAUCUCCCAUUUGAAUGACAAAGAUAAACCCUUCCAUUGCUCUGUUUGUUCAAAGGGGUGUGCUACCAGACAACAGCUGAAGAGGCACGAAGUAACUCACACUAAAUCCUUCAAGUGUCCCUAUGAAGGUUGUAUAGAAGCCUUUUAUAAACAUCCACAACUAAGAUCACACAUUCUAUCGUUCCACCUGAACCAAUUGAAAUGUAACAUUUGUGAAAAAAGCUUCCAAAGACCGUACAGGUUAAGACAUCACAUGGAAAAACAUCAUAAUCCAAACAAUUUAAAUCCGUAUUCUUGUAAUUUCUCAUCAUGUUCUCAAUCUUUUAAAACAUGGACCGCUUUGCAAUGUCAUAUUAAAAAUGAUCAUCCUAAAUUGGAAUGUCCUAUAUGUAAUAGACAUCUUGUUGGUGAGGACGGUUUGAAGAUGCAUAUGAAAAUUCAUGAUGAUUCUAUUAUUAUGAGGAAAAAUUGGUCAUGUCCUUUGUGUAAAAUUAAUUUCAUUAAAAAAGUCGAUUUAAUUGAACAUUAUAGGUCGGAACAUUCCGAUAUACCCUUUAGUUUCACCAAUAAGGAACCAGAAACUGAUGAGAUUGGACAAAAUAAGAGACCUGUACAUAAAUCAAUUCCUAAUUUAGAUUAUGAACCGAAUAAUAUUCAAAAUCAAAUUAAUUUAGAGAAUUAUUUGAAACAGAAAAACAAUUCAGGGAUCAAAUUACUAUUGAAUACAGUGGGUAGGAAAUUCAAAUGCACAUUUCAGGGAUGUCAGAGAACGUUUAAGACUCAAGAGAAAUUUGAUAUGCAUAUAAAUAAGCAUAAAAUUCAUCAGUUGAAAUUGCUUGUUUUGGAGGAAAAGGAGGCGAGACUGAAACAAAAUGAUGUGACGUAG